AGUGUUUCCUGUUACUGUUUGUAAACUGAGAAAAUUUGGAAGUGCGACAAGAAAAUAAUAAUCUACAAAACUCUUUAAUAUCGAAAGAAACAUCUGCUGUCUCUGUCACAGCUGCAAACUUGACCAGUGCAUCAAACUACUGCAGCUCUCCUGCCUCAUAAACGACACGUAUUAAAGCUGGAACACAAAUAUCUGGUCACAUAUCCAUAUGCCUCUACUUUCAGACUUUGGCCCCUGAUGAUUUGGGGGGUUGUGAUCUCUUUUGUCUCCCUCUCAUCCUGAGUGAAGCCCCCCCUGUCCCCUCAAACACAUAAGCAUUCAAACCACGGCGAUGACACACCAUUCCAACAAUUCUGUUCGAGACCAUAUGAAAUGGGCUGGGUUGCUGGGCUGUGAGGCAGUGCUGUCCAGCAUGGCCCUGAUGCAGGCCAACAACAUCCCAGGCCAGAAGAAGAUGAUGUCAGCCUUGGGUCAGGGCCACAGGGCCAGCCCUGAGAGCCACCACUCGCAGCACAGCAACAGCCACCACGGGCACCAGGCUCACCACCACAUGGGCCACGCCUCGGGAGGGACCUGCCCACCCCUGCUAAUCCGAAAAGACGGGGAUUAUCACUCAUCAAGGAUUAUUGAUGUUAAGAACGAACAGACAAACCAGAAUAUGCAACCCAAGAAGAAACACAAGAAAUCUGGGUCAUCCAGUAAAGUUAAAGAGAAGGUGGAGCUCCUGCUUCCAACUAUCGACAUGGAUGAUGAUAGCUCAAUGAAAGUCCAGAAGAAUUUCAUCUGCGAUCACUGCUAUGGGGCUUUCAGGAGCAGCUACCACCUCAAGCGACAUAUCCUCACACACACAGGGGAAAAGCCGUUUGCUUGUGAUGCGUGCGAUAUGCGGUUCAUUCAGCGCUAUCACCUGGACAGACACAAGAGGGUGCACAGCGGAGAGAAGCCGUACCAGUGCGAUCGCUGCCAUCAGAAUUUUUCACGGACAGACAGGCUGCUGAGACACCGGCGGCUGUGUACGGUUGGGAUGAGCAAAGAGGAAAACCAGUACUCCCAGGAUGCAUCUUCUCAUCCAGCUUCUUGGAGUCCCCUACAGCCUUCCAGUAACCGUCUGACUGUCUGACCGUCAGCUUUGUGGCAGCAGUCUGCAGCUCAGUGUUGCUACCCACUGGAGUUUAAAAAAACUCAAGCUGAAGUCAGGCUAACUUUAGUUUUCUCUAAACUAAAGAAUAGAAGCUCAUUCAUGGAGCUCGAUGUUGAAUUUUUAUACUUUUGUACUUACUGUUACAUUCAUAGUUCAUGAAGAAGGGGAUGGAUGGAUUUUGACUGCAGGUUUUUACAUAAUACACAAUAACUGAACUGACAAAUGCGCACAUCCGCUGUGUUCUGGAAGGCUGCAGAAAUGUUUCUUUGGAGUCCUUGUCCACAGAUUAUUUGACUGCAAUGACAUACAGAACUCGGUUCAGCACUUCUUAGAUAUACUGUAUCUUUGACCUGCAGUCAGGCCUGUAUCUGAUUGUUAUAUCACAGUUAGGAUAUAUAAAAUCAUAGAUCUUUUUAAUGUAAAACCCUGGGUCAUAGAAAGUUUGUGACGUGUUCUGCCACCAGUCAAACACUGCAGGUCAGUUUAGUGUACACUGCUCUAAAAUGUAAACGAUCUAGUUGGUGUGAAAUUCAAGUCAUUGAUGGGUUUAUGUUCUUUUUGUUUAAUUACAUGUAAAAUGUUGCUUCUAUUUUCCAACACACAGGUCUUACAUGGCUACAAUCUCUGUUUGGUGUGAAAUUUGUCCCAAAAAAAACUAGCUUUUCCAGCUAAUCCUGGGUUUAUUAAGUUGUGCAGUGACUGCUGGCAAACAUCGUAACAAUGCUGCCUUGUUUUAAAGGAAUACGAUCCUUUCUAUUAUUUACCUUCAAGAUUUUAUGGAGCCUUUGAAUAGUGACCUUUUUUUUUUUUUUUUAUUCUUGUUUUUUAGAGUAGCUGUAUGUAGGAAUCAGCGGUCUGUUGCAAAGCUGACGUGCUUCUGUAAAUGAGCAUUGAUAUCAGUCUCUGUACCUUAAAACUACUGUAUUUUUUUCUGAUCUGUAAUCAUACUUCCCAGGCUUUAGAAGACUUAUUUUUCUUUCUUUCUUCCUAGUAUUUAGGUCGGUGCAUUUGAGUCUAUUUUAUCAAAACAGAUCCACGGUUCACUGGAUGCGACGCAGGCGCUUCUAUAGCCGCCAGUUUCUCAUGACGGGGGCCCAGAUCAACCUUACUUAAAGGAGACCUAUUAUGGCAUCUAAUACCUAUUUUAAACAGGCCUUGAAUGUCUAAAAAACAAGCUUUUGGUUGUUUUUGCUAAAUACAUUUGAAAUUCAGCCUCUGAGCCAUGAGCCUGGUUGCUUUCCUCCUCUUCUGAGUUGGCAGGCUGAGGGGAGACCACUUUAUAUAUGUUAAAGCAAGAGAAAAUGUGUUUUUCAUAAUAGAUCUCCUUUAAAAACAUGAACUCGCUCUAAAACUACAGAUUUUGAAUGCUGAUCUCUGUCUGACUGAUUCGAUCUGAUUACAGUGUCACGUCUUUUCAUUUCUCAUUAAUCUUGAGCAUCUUCAGUGAAAAUUAAAUAUUGUACUUUUGUUGACAGGGAACUAGUUCUCACCUGCUUAUAGCUGAAUUUAACUGAAGAUGUUAGUUCAAUUGUAGAGGAACAUUUUAACCGUUAUUAGACUAAAAUGUUGUAUAGUACACUGGUAGCAUUGUUAUCGUCAGGCUUUUAGAUUUCGUGUGAGGAGUUUGGGGACAUCUCUUGCUGUCUGCUAUUGAUGAACUUAAUAUAUAUUUAAAAUGUCUUAGAUGUAGAAAAUAGUAUGUCUGGGACCUAAACUCCAAAAUAGUAUCAGUCCAUGCAAAGUUUGAAUCCUUACUCCCAGGAUUUGUGCUGAAAGCUGAAAAGAAUAAAAGUAAAAUGUACCACUUGUAUAUUUUUAGUAUAACAGCCAUGAUAAGUUAGGGUGUUCUUUUGUUUGUUGUUUUCUUUUCAUCUGCAUGCAUUUGUUGACUGAGUGUGUAUAGAUUUUCUUUCUUUUUUUCAUUUUUGAAUGAAGGCCUUAACCAUUCUGUUGCAUUCAGGAUUGAAGUGAAGUCAGGUUUGACUCGAUGGCCUUGUACUGAAUGGAGUUUUACGGUCAAUAAAGUUUUUUUUGGUUUGUUUUCCCUUUUUUUAAACUAUGGAUGCAGUUUAUGUUAUGUACAACAUUUGGAUUGUAUGUUGUUUUUGUAUGUUAAUACAGGCUUUACUUUUUUAAAAAUUCUUGGAAAAACAUGUUACUCAGAAGUUUGCAACCUGAAACAUUUCAGUUGUACACUGCGGAUGUCUGAAGGGAGUAAUGCACCGGUCGUGUCAGCAGAUGGCAGCCACGACCUGAUGAGUGUUGAUCAUCUUUGUAGACCACUGAUGAAAAGACGACAGGAAAUGUUUUACCACCAUAAAAGAUCAGUGCUUGGAGUCAAAACAGCUGUAUUUAAUAUAAUAAUAGAGUUAUACCUUUAUAUAACUAAUGAAACAGUUUCUUUGUUUGACUGCAGUACAAACCUGAAAAAUUUCAUCACAAACUGUUUCUGCUUCUAAAACAAGAGGAUACAGUUUGUUUGUU